GUAGUUAGAGCCAGCGAAGUGCGGGCGGCGAUGAGAGCCAAAGUUGCGCUCCGUUCGGCGUCGGGGGCUUGAGGCGGCUCGUCGCUCCGCCCGUCUGGGCCUCCUCUAGCCCCAACUCGCGCCAGCGGAUCCCGCGCGCCCGCCCGGCCCGGCGCCCACCUGCGCCCCCUGCCCGCGGCCCGCCGCCCGCGCCGCACGAGCCGGGGUCCCCGUCACUUUGGCCCGACCCCGGGCCCCGCCGAUGCCGGCCAUGGUGGAGAAGGGCCCCGAGGUCUCAGGGAAGCGGCGAGGGAGGAACACGGCGGCCGCCGCCGCCUCGGCCGCUGCCUCGGCCGCCUCGGCCGCCGCCUCAGCCGCCGCCUCAGCCGGCACCGCCUCCGCCUCGGCCGCCGCCGCCGCCUCGGCCGCCGCCGCCCCCAAUAAUGGCCAGAAUAAAAGUUUGGCGGCGGCGGCUCCCAACGGGAACAGCGGCAGCAACUCCUGGGAGGAAGGCAGCUCGGGCUCGUCCAGCGACGAGGAGCACGGUGGCGGCGGCAUGCGGGUGGGACCCCAGUACCAGGCGGCUGUGCCCGACUUCGAUCCCGCCAAACUGGCAAGGCGCAGUCAAGAACGAGACAAUCUUGGCAUGUUGGUCUGGUCACCUAAUCAGAAUCUUUCAGAAGCAAAACUGGACGAGUACAUCGCUAUCGCCAAAGAGAAGCACGGGUACAACAUGGAGCAGGCUCUUGGGAUGCUUUUUUGGCAUAAGCAUAAUAUUGAAAAAUCAUUGGCGGAUUUGCCCAACUUCACCCCCUUUCCAGAUGAGUGGACUGUAGAAGAUAAAGUCUUAUUUGAACAAGCUUUUAGUUUUCAUGGGAAAACUUUUCACAGAAUCCAGCAAAUGCUUCCUGAUAAGUCCAUAGCAAGUCUGGUGAAGUUUUACUACUCUUGGAAGAAAACAAGAACUAAAACCAGUGUGAUGGAUCGUCAUGCUCGGAAGCAAAAACGGGAGAGAGAAGAGAGUGAGGAUGAACUGGAAGAAACAAAUGGAAGUAACCCCAUUGACAUUGAGAUUGAUCCAAACAAGGAAAGCAGAAAGGAGGUGCUCCCUACAGAGACAGUUCCUCAGGUCAAAAAAGAAAAGCAUAGUACACAAGCUAAAAAUAGAGCAAAAAGGAAACCUCCAAAAGGAAUGUUUCUUUCCCAAGAAGAUGUGGAGGCUGUGUCUGCUAAUGCUACUGCUGCAACCACGGUGCUGAGACAGCUGGACAUGGAGCUGGUCUCCAUCAAACGACAGAUUCAGAACAUCAAGCAGACGAAUAGUGCUCUUAAAGAAAAGCUUGAUGGUGGAAUAGAGCCGUACCGACUUCCAGAGGUCGUUCAGAAAUGCAACGCACGAUGGACUACAGAGGAGCAGCUUCUCGCCGUUCAAGCCAUCAGGAAAUAUGGGCGAGAUUUUCAGGCAAUCUCAGAUGUGAUUGGGAACAAGUCAGUCGUUCAGGUGAAAAACUUUUUUGUAAAUUAUCGCCGCCGCUUCAACAUAGAUGAAGUUUUACAAGAAUGGGAAGCAGAACAUGGUAAAGACGAGACCAAUGGACCCAGUAACCAGAAACCUGUCAAGUCCCCUGAUAGCUCCGUCAAGAUCCCCGAGGAAGAAGAUGAGGCUGCUUCUGUCCUUGACGUAAGAUAUGCAUCUGCCUCAUGAAAACUGCUGGUAGCUUUGAACACUUGGUAUGGACGACAUGUUACCCAGAUAUCAGGUAUUACAAGACAUCACCUAGCCAUCUGCAUCACAUCUCUGUGGACAAGCAGCUAUUACCAAAAAAGGCAUACACUUCCAGUCCUGUGCUACAUCUGCCUUAAUUCUUUGCUCGUUCCUCCAUGUUGGCACGACUUCCCAGAGAGCUCCGUUGCAUCUCAUUCUGCCUAAGGGCUGGGGGACCCACGGCCUGCACACCUCCCACGAGUCUGGGACCUACCCUCCAGUUGGCUCCCCUGAACCCCAUCAGUGGCAGCUCUCCCAGUCAACAGCUUCAGAACAGGUAGUCUUGAAAGGCCCAGCUGUGUUCCUGCAUGGCCUGCAGUUUCUACUUUGUGCAUAGUGUAAUUCUCAGAAGGCCCUGUAGGCCUUCUAGAAAAUUUCUCCCCUUCUUUUGUGGGGCAGCCACCUAAGUAAUAUCAUGCUUCUUUGGAAAUCACAAUCCAUUGGCAGACCAUAUCGUAACCUUUAUCAUACUAAGCUUCCUGAUACAACUCCUGUUUUCCCUAAACAGAGGCAGAAUUAUGGCUUAUAAAUCAGGUGGCUCCUCCUCCUCUCUCUCUUCCUUAACUCUUUCCCUUUUCUCCCUUUCCAAGAGGUAAAAGCUCAUUUGCAGCAACUGUCCUUGGACAUUGUAGCUUAAUGGGAACGUGGACCUCAAUGCUUUCUGCCUCCAACCGUCAGCAUUGGAACCCCAGGAUGUGGGUGCCCCCAUCUCUGAUUCCCCAGCUACCACUGUCAUCACCCAGCUCGGAGAGAUUUGGUUCAUAUCACUGUACCUGGUGCUUGUACAUUUGGAAUUGGUGCCUUCUCCUUCUGGCAACCAUGUUAUCAAUCGCUUUUCUGUUCAAGUGUCUUAUUUAAAGUUUAUUGCUUGCCAAAGAUGACAUCAUUGAGGUGUAGCAGAUGGGGAGAGCUUCUGCAGAUUUGACUCGAAAUGUCGGGUCCGCUCAGUAGAGGACAUGAGGGGAGCUAGGAUGGUUUUCUAGAUGCUACACACCUUUAGCUCUCGUUUUCUUGGUGUGCCUGGCCACUGUAUGUCACUCCAUGUGUCCUUUUGUGUCAUUUGUGUACUAGUGUGAUCAUACACACACCGUCCCCUCUCUUUUAGCAGCAGAUAGGACAGAAAAGUGAUGGAUGUGUUGCUUAGUGAGACCAAGAUGAGAAGAAACAAUCUACAGAGUGGUAUGUGAUGCCAUCUGCUUAGACUGGGAACAAGCAAAGAUCUCUGAUAAAUGUUCUGAGAUUUCCAGAAUCACUUUUGCUCUCUUACCAGACUGUGGGCUUGCAGGGAGUUGAGGAGCAGCCGGUCAGACAGCAUUCGUGGCCAGUUGAGACUGCACUAACCAUGUGGAAAUAUCUUGUGUUGUUUGCAGUGUUUGAAUAUUUUUUCUGCUUUCAAUACCAAAAAAAAAAAAAAAAAAAAAAGUAGAUGCUUUAAGGUAUGAACGGAAUCCUUAAGAGUUUAACAUAUGCAAUUAAAAUUCGAUGUUUUUACUCCUAAGCACCUUCCUUUUUUUUUUUUUUUUAAGUUAGCUGAUUUUCUCUUCAGAAAGAGGUUCAGCUAUAGAAAUCUAGAUUGGGGGUGGGGUGUACAUUCUUUCUGAAAAGUCUGGAGAAGGGUCAUUCCAAAGGAGAGUACAGAGGGACUUUCUUCAUCCUGUCCCACACCAGGUGCCCAUUGGUCAAGAAGAGCCUGUGGAGCAGUGCGAGGCACAGCCCACUGUCCUGUGUAGGAACUGGUAACAGAGUAACACUAGUAACCAUCAUCUUUUCUUUGUAUUUUUACCAUAAACCUGCUGUGUGACAGAAAGGGGAGGGAACCGUGAUGGGGUCAGGCAUCAGCCUACACUUCGCAUAUCACUCACAGGGACACUAAGGCUCCUGACAAAGCCCUGCUCACCUAGCUUUUGGCAUGUCCUGUCUCCAGUGAGCAGAAGCAGUGUGGGUGGUUGCUACAAUGGCUUUCUCGUUCUGCCAGUGGCUCUAUAUCUGUCUUUGUGCCUGGGCUACUUUCCUUAAGAUUUGCUCUCGGCAGUGCUUAGACUUGAUGAUCCUUGGACAGUGUGGUAAGCAGAGAGCUGAGCCAGGCACCAGGCUCAUUCUGUACUGUCUCCUCCUGGUUCCUAGCACUGAUGGCCUCCAGCCAUGAAGUCCCGCGAAGUCAGGCAUCAGAAUGAUUAUGGUCAGAGGAGCUGGUUUUGGCUUUUUCUCCAAGGGAAAGAGGCAUACCAUUUUCAUUUGACAAAGGGGAAGUGGUCUUUGCCUGGCUGCUGUUGGAAUGGUCUUCAUCAUGUUUUAAACGUUUCAUGACACAGUCUGCAGUGAUGUAAAUCCAAGGAAUCACUUAGCUUUCAAAGCUGAGGGCUCUGGUCUUGAACUGUGACUGUUCAACAUGUCAAAAAUUAGGUGUAUCAGCAGGUUAGGUUUGGACAUGAUGCCUGCUUCUGAUGGAAUGUCACUUAAGCUUUGUGUUCUUAAAAAUUAUCAAUGUGAAUGUCAUAAUUAUAUAUUUUUGUGGGAAAAUCUUCUAAAUAUAAGUUAUUGUGCAAAAUAUAGUAUCAUGGACACAAAUAAUAGUCUAACUUUUAGUUUAGAGAUCCCUAAAGAUAUAAACUGUAUUGCAUAUGCAUUAAAAGUUUGUUUUAUUUAAUUUUAUGUAGACAUGUAAAGUGUUUAGGUAAUUCUUUUUGCGUAUCCACUUUUUAAACACCCUGUUACUUGAAUAUUGUGUUGACUGGUCAGCAGCAGUGAUCAAUUCUGUAACAUAGCUCUUUAGCUGGGUUCCCCAUGCCUCGGUUGUGCUGAUCAGUGUAGUGGUGUCACAGUCAGGUGCUGUAUCAGCAGGAGCAGAGGUUCGUGUAGCACUCCCACUGCCUCUUUGUUUGUCAAGACGGCUCCCUAAAGACGGCUUUUGACAGUUUUUAUAAGACCCACCCAAUGAUGGUCACAAACCUUAAUCAACAAACAAAAGGCAAAAAGCUUAGUGUGGUGGUCUAAUUAAGCAGUUAUUUUCUGUUUAUAUACAAUUUCCUCAGUACUACACACCACUCUGAGUGAGCUCAUUGUCACUUUAAAAUUGCAACUAUACCCUGCUUUUAUCUUUUUGAAUAUCAGGUGUACUAUUGGUAUAAUUGCACACCAAAAAUAAGCCCAACAGUGCAUUACACUAACUGGAUCCCUGCUUCCAUGUGAGCACAGGAAAGACAGAGCAGAGCCUGUCUUCCUCUCUCCUCUAUCCUGUUUGUACACCUAGUGACCCAGGAUUCAAAUUUUUAGCAUCAAGUCAACUUUGCCUCAGAUUGACUAAAGACAGUUAGAUCAUCAAGCCUAAUGACCGUGUGCAAUGCUCCUCCCGCCACUCCCUGGGUCUUUGCAGCUUCUCCUCACUGUAGUAAAGCACAAUUGCAGGACGUUACAAUUCAGAAGGAAGGUCAGUAGAGUCUAUGCAUGUUGUAAAAUAAUGAGUGUUUACAGUCACCUUCUCUAAAAUGAAAAUUUAUACUGGAGUGGAUAGCAUUCCAUUAUGUAGACUUAAAACUUUGCUAAGUGCUUUUUAGACUGCUUAAAAGUUUUUCAAGAUUUUAAAAGAUGUAUAAGGUUAAGUUUGCAAAUAUAACGGAAAUGCUGUAUAUCUUUUGGAGUGAUAAAAUUCAUGUUAAAAUUUUAAAGAAAAUAUGUUGUAAUAAUGCUGUUGUAAGUAAUAUUUCCAUGUCUCUCUUUGCUUGUUUUCUAGUUCAGCACAGUCAUUGUGGUGAAUGUCCAUAGCAUUAUAACUGCUUAGCCAUUGGAUUAUAACAUUUGUUAGUGGAGAUUGGGAAAUUUAUUUGUGAAAUUCUGCAGAAUUCAUUUUUCUAUUUCCAAUAUUUGCUGAAGUUAAAUAAAAAUUUUCAAGCCAUUGAUGUAAUAAAAUAUGA